UUUCCAGGUCUCGGUCAAGCGACGGAUGUGGAUGUGCGGAUAUCCGCGCCUAGCUGGGUGGCUCGCGGAGGAUCCGCCACCCUGCGCUGCCUGCACCAAGUCCCACCGCAAUUGCUGUACAAAGUGGAAUUCUUGAGAACCGGCUCAAAGUUGCUGCAGUAUGUGAGAGAGCGCGUACCACCGUACACCAAUUACAGUUUUCCUGGAGGAAAACUUAAUAUGUCAGUGGUGACGGAGAACUCCAUUACGAUAGAUAAUUUGGACCCGACCGCCUCCGGCCUGUACUGGUGCGAGGUUUCCCUCGAGACGCCCAUUUUCACCGCCGCCUCGCCUCCACACCAGCUGACUGUCGUGUAUUCCCAAAAGCAUCCACCAAUAAUAACGUUCGGUAAGCCGGACGUCGUGAUUGGUGGGUUUAUUCGCGCCAAUUGCACGAGCGCCCCGGCAGCGCCCGCGCCGAGACUGACGUGGUAUAUAGACAAUGAAAAGGUACCCGAAGAAUCUAUAAGACAUUUUUCGUAUCGAGUAUCAAGCUCCACAAGGACCAAGGGCGGCAGCGGAUACCGACACCGGAAGCAUCAACACCGAUACAUAGCGCCAGAGUUCAACCACACGGCCAAGUACUGGGCCUUGGUGAGCGAAACCACCACCCACCCGCCGGCAAACCUUACCAAACAGAGCAAGUGCACUUUGAAGGAUGGACAGGGUGACGACAUGGCUAAGAUACGUGAGAAGCCUAGGGAACCAGCGCCUCCUCCUAUAUCUCUAUGGGUGUCCAUCGCCGAGCUCCGGACUCCCGCACAUGGCCGCUCACAGCUGACCUGCACCGCAACUAUCCCUGACGAAGUAGGACCGGGGGAAAAGUUUGCGGACAUCAAAAAACAAACAGUUACCGUGGCAGUGAAUGAGCUGAGUUUGAAAAAACCGCGCACAGAAUCCUCCGCGUCUAAAGGAACCGCGUGGAUUCUUCAGCCGUAUCUGCCUGUUCUCAUUGGAUUCGCCCUUCUUCUCCACGAGCUUCGAAUUUUACGACUUACUGCAGCAUUCAACUUCAUAUAGGUAAUAAUGAUUAUUCAUUUAGUAUUUCUGAAUACUUUGCCUUAUAUUUGAUGAUACAAUGAUAUUAUUUAUAGUAAACGCGAGAAAAUGUGAACGAUAUACAAGAUUUUGAUAACUAAUUUAAAAAAUAAUUAGAACAAAAUUUCAAGGUAAAAAUGCAUUACGUCAGAUGCAAUUCUUUGUUCAUAUAAAGCGAAAUAGCAAAAGUUUUGGUCUAAAUAUAUUUCGGGUGACCCGUUUAUUCCAAUCCUAGUUACAGUAGGUGGCAUCACAAACGCAGAAAUCGAUUUUGUAUUCCUCUCAAAUGGUAUAAAUAAACUGUAGGUGUUUGAAAGACUUCAGUGAUGUCGAAGUUACACAAUCACUAAGAAAAACGCCAUCUGUUAUAAAAAAAGUUUUUUGUGAAGGAGCUCGUUCGAGAAAGUAGUACUGCUAAACUUAUUUCAGCCGCUAAUCAGCAUUGCUGUAUUCCGAUAUGAAAAACAUGGUUGCCGGUAUAAUUACAAGAACAUUAGGAUCGACACAGGGCAAUACUUUGUAUAGGACGUAUUCCUUGCAUGAACUGUUAAAUAUUGCUCUGUUACUAGAUGAUAGUAGAAACACUUACCAUCAGGGCAUCCACUUGGUUCUUAAAUUAAUUAUUCUAUAAAAAAACAGAAAAUUAUACCUACAUCUGUCAUGAAUAUAAUACUCUCCCACUUGAAGAACGAAAAUCGGAACUUCGAAUAUAAACUUUCAUCCGAUUCGUGCUUCCGAAACGAAAACUUACUGGACGUAUUUCCGAUAAGUUAUAUCAAACGUAAUGUCCAAGCUUUUUAGGUUUAAAAUAUUAUGGUUCUUUUUUUGUUGUUAUUAGUAAAAAUUGUACAAUGCAAAAUCGUUAUCUUGACUUGGAUAGUUCGCAAUCUUCUGUUUACCAUUUUCAAUAGUAUUCAUAUUAAAUGGUAAUGUCAAAAUCCUUUUCUAUCGUGUCUAUGAACACUGAACAGUAUCUCUGUAGGUUGCUUAGUCACUUUAUCAGUAGUGAAGAAAUAAUUCAACUAUAGUCCGGCCGCUCAGAAAUUGCGUUUCUGACAUCUGUCACCUUUUUAUAUUUGUUAUUUAACUAUUUUGGCCCACAAUUAAUACGUUUAUUGUAAGUUGACAUAAUUAAUAAUUUGUUUUUAAUUUAAAUACUCGUUAAAUUAAGUUAAUAAAAGAUAUUGAAAUAUCUUAUUGACAUUUACAUGUGUCAGAAACGUAAUCACUGAGCCGCCGGACUUUAGCUAUGUGCUGCGGUUUGACCCGCAUACAUACCAUUCUUGUGGGGAUACAUGCUACUUUUAUCCCGGAAGAAUACACGGUUAGCGAAGUAUUUGUGAAAAAAAAAUUUUGCGCGAACGCGAAAGUAGCAUAAAACGUUACUAUGCAACUUUUCUACAAAAUAUACUGUGUAAAUCACAAACUAAGGGACACUCUAGAUGGAAAAAUUAAUUACGUUAAAACUAAUAAAAGUUGUGAAAAGCUUUUAUGAGAUUCCUUUUAUAUUUUCAAUUUGCUACCGUUUAUCUAGAUUCCAGGCUAUGCAGUGGCAGAAAAUUGUAAAAAUGGUAAAAAAAAAUACUUUCAGUAAAAGACCAUUAUUCCUAAUAAUAGAUAAUUAGUAUCUGUAUAUUGAUAUGUUUGUGUCAAAUUCAUGUAUAGAUGAUAUAAAUAUAAUGUAAAAAUAAAAAUAUAUUAUUAUAAUGAAAAAUCCGAAAUUUAUGAAAUAUCAUUGUGUUCGUAUUUAAGCGUUAUUAUUGGAACUAUUCGUUUAUAUAUUAUAUUCAUAUUGUUAAAUACAGAUGUAUGUUUGUAUGCUCUCAUAAUUCCGAGCUUUCUCUGUGUCAAUUACCUAUAACUCUUCACACAGCUUCUAUAACAGGGUUUUUAUCAUAAAUCAUGACCUCUGUUUCUGUUUUGGUUUUAAUUUUGAACAAAAUAUUCUCUUUCUAAAAAUAGUGCACUUUAAAAAUUUUUAACAUUUGACAAACAACACGACAAAGUUUUGUCUUUAUUAUAAAUUUAUGUCUGUCUAUAAUUAUGAUUAUUAUUUUUAACAUUUUUUUAUGAUAAUUGUUUAAUAGUUCAUAGAUGUUUCACCUGGUUUGUAUAAUCAAUUACUGUUAUUACAAACAUAUAGAAAAUCCUAUAAAUAAUAAUUAACCAAAUUUACUGAAAGCUUUAAAUGUCGUGUACCUACUUGCCCUAAGUUUGCAUUAGACUCCUAAAAUAGAAUAUAUAUUUGAUGCAGUACUCUAUGUAAAAGGAAACUGACUAUUUUGAGAAAUAUUGCAACAGCAUCGGUGUAAGAGCUUGGUCGCGUUCAAUAUUGCCUUCCUAUUGAAAAGUUUCUGAUUCCGGGGCUUUCUGGGGCGAUAGCAGUUUCAAUUUAAAAAUUCUUACAUUUAAGGCUUUGGUGGGAAACGUUAACAAUUCCAAUAGCGGGUUGCACGGAAAUAAUAUUUUUUUGUGAGAAAAUCGAAGUAAAUACACAGAGACAUAUUUUUGUCUUACCACGGUUAUUUGUAUUGAUUAAUGUCUAUUGCUAUGAAUAAAAUAAAAAAGCACAUGUAACCUAUUUAAAAAAUUAUUGUGAAGAUGAUUCGUCUUCAUCAACCCAUAUUCGGCUCACUGUUGAGCUCGAGUCUCCUCUCAGAAUGAGAGGGAUUAGGCCAAUAGUCCACCACGCUGGCCCAACGCGGAUUGGCAGACUUCACACACGCAGAGAAUUAAGAAAAUUCUCUGGUACGCAGGUUUCCUCACGAUGUUUUCCUUCACCGAUUGAGACACGUGAUAUUUAAUUUCUUAAAAUGCACACAACUGAAAAGAUGGAGGUGCAUGCCCCGGACCCAGUUCGAACCCACACACAUCCGGAAUCGGAGACAGACCAUAUCCACUGGGCUAUCACGAAUCAGUGAAGAUGAUUGAUUCAGGCAAAACAACUGAAAUAAUUUAAUUAAACUUUACAUCAACUGUUCACGAAUCGAUCAAUCAGACUCAAUAAAUCAGUAUUUAUAGAUUUUAUUGAAUUCAAAUAUAAGAGCCGUGAUAGCCUAGUGACCUUUGCUUUCAAUUCGGAGGGCGUAGGUUCAAAUCCGGUCUUAAGCAUGCACCUCUAACUUUUCAGUUAAGUGCGUCUCAAACGGCGAAGGAAAACAUCGUAAGGAAACCUGCAUAAAUGAGAAUUUUCUUACUCUAGGUGUGUGAAGUCAGCCAAUCCGCAUUGGGCCAGCGUGGUGCAAUAUUAGCUUAACCCUCUAACUCUCAUUCUGAGACUCGUGCUCAACAAUGAGCCGAACAUAGAUAAUGAUUAAAAUAAUAAUAAAACUUUGAGAAAAUUCAAUCGUAACAGAAACUAAAGUCGAUGUUAAAGUUAAAUAAUAUUUUUUUAAAUUUAAAUAACUUUGAAUUUAUAGAAAGAAAGUGUUCUGGAAUGCGGCCCGUUUUUUUAAUACCGACUAUUUGGAAUAAUAAACAUCUCUCCGAGGAUUCAGAGCUUACGAGUACAAGAAUAAGCCACAAGAAGUUAUGCUUCAUUCUCUUGCUAUAUUAAUUAAGCUUAAAAAAACAACCCCUAUAAGCCUGUAUAAAGCACCAUCUCGUAUUUCAGUUUUGCGGAAACUUUAUUUGAUAAGUUAUAAAUUGUUGUGUAUUCAAGAAAUAUUUUCGAUAUAUUAUAGUGUUAUGCUGUUAAAGCAAAUAUACUUAAUAUAGGUAUAAUUGCCGAUGCGGGGUUGACAUUUUAUUGUAAAUAAACUACAGAAUGUGUCUAUAUUUUAGAGUUAAGCCUUACCGAAAAAGAAGUUCGGUCCGAAGUUAGGUCUCUCAUAACUUAACGAUUUGUUUCUGUUAAUUGAAUUCCGAAUAUUUUUUAAUAAUUAAUUAAUUGAAAGAGUUUUUUUUUUUAAUUAUUGUGUAGCUUUUGCUAACGUAGUUAAAUAGGUUUUAAACACAUAGUCAGGGAUCCCUAGAACAUUUUGUACACCUGAUUACUAACAGGCUUAUUUUUCGUGAGUAGAGCUUCAUCGCGAUGAGACGAUCAACUUUUUUAUUUACGAAAAAUUUUGAUUCUAGUAGCUAACUGAGUUACCAGGAAAUGAAAGUUUCAGAGCAUUGGAACGAGAUAAUGUACCACGCAAUUAGUAGGAUAUUGUGGCUGUUUAGUUGUAUAACCAUUAAUUAAUAAAAAUAAAAAAAAAACUACUCUACCCACCACCCAACUUGUAUCAAUAACAAGGUUAUUAAAAGUUGUUACUAACCAUCUGGUUUUUUUUUACUGUUGCUUAAUUAAUAGUUAAACAGCUUAACAGCCACAAUGUCCUACAAAUUGCGUGGUACAUUAUCCCGUUCCGACUCUCUGAAACUUUCAUUUCCAGGUAAAUCAGUUUGCUACCAGAAUCAAGAAUUUCCGUAAAUGAAAAAGGUGAUCAUCUCAUCGAGAUGAAGUUACUCACGAAAAAUUAGCUUGUUAUCAGCCUGUACAUAAAGUUCUAGGGAUCCCUGACUAUUAUGUGUUUCUAACCCUUUCAGAAAAUACUUCAAACAUUUUUUAUGUCUAACCUGAUAUUGAAAUGCUAAUAAUAAUUUUAAUGCAGUUAGGCAUGUAUAUAGAAAAACAUUGCUGAGUAAAUUAUUACUGUACCGUAUCUAUACGUAGGUUAUAAAUGCAGGUUAUAUUGUACACUCUAUGGUAAUUAACUAUUAGUGCCUGUGGUAUAUUGCGUUCCAUUUCUAAACUCGUUACAGUUAACUUGCGGUGCGUUUUAUUCUUCCAUAAUGUUUAUUUAUGGACCACAACAUGGAAACUCUGGCCUCCGUGGCGCAGUGGUAUGCGCGGUGGAUUUACAAAACGGAGGUCCUGGGUUCGAUCCCCGGCUGGGCAGAUUGAGAUUUUCUUAAUUAGUCCAGGUCUGGCUGGUGGGAGGCUUCGGCCGGGGCUAGUUACCACCCUACCAAAGACAUACCGCCAAGCGAUUUAGCGUUCCGGUACGGUGCCGUGUAGAAAUCGAAAGGGGUGUGGAUUUUCAUCCUCCUCCUAACAAAUUAGCCCGCUUCCAUCUUAGAGUGCAGCAUCACUUACCAUCAGGUGACAUUGUAGUCAAGGGCUAAUUUGUAAAGAAUAAAAAAAAAACUAACUAAGAACUAUUUCCAGACGAAAGAUUCUAUUUGAAUUUUGUACAUUUGUGUAUGAGUAACGAUUUUAUAAACCUCCACACUUCUGUUUUGAAUGUUGAUAAUGCAACUACUAUAGUACAAUAAUUUCAAAUUUUACAAGUUAAAUUCAUCUAAUCGCUCUUAGUUUUUGCAAACACUGAUGCUAUGUGUUAUACCAUUCAUAUAAAAAUGUUUUUAAUACCAUUUAAAUCAAUCUAUAAUUGUGUGCAAGGUAUUUUUAAAUGUAAUUUACAAUAAAAAGUCAACCCCUGUAGGCCUAACAUGCGUGCUACUACAUGUCUCGUGUAGACAAAUCGACCAAUACGACAUCAGCAGGGCUAGCACGGGCAAGGGAGAAAUUUAUCCACGGGGAGAGGAUAAAACGUUUAUCCCCCACACUCGUUUUAUCCACUCACCGCGCAUGGGCACGUCGGUGGAUAUAAUAUUCCCGGUGGAUAAACGGAGGGAAAGACUUGUCAACCCAUUUGUAUAUAUCUUAUAAAUUGGCAUUAGGUAUAUUAAUAGUCCGAAAUAAACGUAAAUUUGAUAAUAUUUGGUUUUUUUGUGCAUAUUAUUUAUCUGUUUUCUGUUGGCAUUGUUUUGUUUGGUGAUUGUUUUUUGCGGUGGUUUGUAGUAGGUAUCUAUAGUAUCUAU